CCCCCCCUCUCUCAUUUGCAAUCCAGCCCGCGAUACGAGAUGGCAGCUGCAUAUAUAAGCGAGGGGGCUGAUGCGGCUGGAUCCAGAGCGCAGUUCUCGCGGUGCACGGACGAAGGGUGGCUUUGUUUUGCUUGGUUUUGUUUUAUUUCUAACACCAGGGAUCAGAUACAACGCAGGAUUCCCUUCGCUUGAAUUCGUUGACAUUACGCGAGCGUCAUCGCGCAACAGAACGCAACGGACUCUCGGACAACGUUUCGACCCGGUCACGGGCGAAGCGUGGAUCGCGAGUGGUGUCGCGGGUAGCGCAGUUGGCGUUGUGCUGCCGAUCCGCUGAGUCUGUUCGAUUGUGCCCGGACGCGCCUCCAACAUCGGUGAGAUCUCCAGCGGGAGUCGCCGAGUCUCCCAUCUCCUGCAAAACGACCGCUCAACCAUGCCCGCAGCGUCACCGCCUGCGCUGCAGCAGCUGCCGUUGUUGCUGCUCCCGUUGCUCCUGCUGACGAUGUCCUCGGCUGAGCAGCAGCAGCAGCAGCAGCAACAGCAGCCGUGCUACGAGGGCACCCUGCAGCGGAGACAACGCACGGCCACCGUGGUGCUCACGGGCACGGUGGAGGACUUCUUCAACGAGAGGCCGGCGCAGCGAACCUUUGGCUGCAGGAUCCGCGUAUGGCGCUUCAUCAAGGGCCGCGAGCUGCUGCCGGCCUCCGUGACGGGGGCCGAGCGUCCGCGCGUUAGCGUCGAGGGAUUCGGUGACGGCGCUCCCGUGUGCAACGCGCGCGUGUCUCCCGGCGAUACGCGCGUCUUCCUGCUGGCGCUGGGGCCCGGCGGGGCCCUCUCUCUGGCGUCCAGCGUCAUCCGCGUCAGCAUGGCCAACCUGGAGGCCCUCGAGAACACCGUGGAUGAGUCGACCCUGGAUGACAAACCGUUCUCAGCGCCCAUGCAAGGCUGCCGCGACAUGCUGUGCGGCUUCGGGGCGACGUGCGAGGCCGACGGCCGCAAUGCGAGCCGCGGGGUGUGCCGCUGCUCGGCGCGCAUCUGCACGGGCCUAGUGGCGCCCGUGUGCGGCUCGGACCACGUCACCUACGGCAGCGAGUGCGAGCUCGAGAACGCCAUGUGCUCCAUGCAGCGGCGCAUCAAGGUCAUGGGUCGCGGGCCCUGCGGCGCCAAGGACCCGUGCGAGGGCGUGCGCUGCGGCUUCGGGAGCGUGUGUGUGGCGUCCGCCAGUCUGCAGCGGGCGCGCUGCGUCUGCCCGACGGAGUGCCCCCCCUCCUCCUCCUCCUCGUCGUCGUCCUCGCCUGGCACCGUGUGCGGCAGCGACGGGCGGGACUAUCCGUCCGAGUGCGAGCUCAACCGCCAGACUUGCGGCACCGGCAAGGACGUCUACAAGGUGUUCGACGGGCCCUGCGACGCUUGCAAGGCGACGCGGCGCCUCUUGGACGCCGGGCGGCUGUGCCGCGUGGAGGCGGGCACGCGGCGCACGGUGGUGAGCCCGGACCCGGCGCUGUGCCCGCCGGGGCGAGGGUCCGCGUGCGGCGACGACGGUGCCACCUACCCCAGCGAGUGCGCGCUCGUGCGCACCGCUGCCCUACGCGGAGUGGCGCUCACCAAACUCCACGACGGGGCCUGCACACCCGCCGACCAGUGCAAGGAGAAGUGCAAGUUCAACGCGGAGUGCUCGGUGCGGAACGGCGUGGCACGCUGCUCGUGCGAGCGCCUCGUGUGCGAGGGCCUCUGGGCCCCGGUGUGCGCCGGCGAGCAGCGAACCUUCACCAACGACUGCGAAAGGAAGAAGGCCGAGUGCCUCGAGCAGCAGAAUCUCCCGACCAUCGCCAAGGGGCCUUGCGACGCGUCCACGCCGAGCCCUUGCGCGGGUGCCGUGUGCCACUUCGGGAGUUCGUGCACGGUGCGCGAGGGCACGGCGCUGUGCGAGUGCCCUGCGCCGUGCCCCGAGGUGCCCUACGACCCCGUGUGCGGCACGGACGGGCGCACCUACCCCAGCGACUGCGCGCUUCGCUCGGCCGCCUGCGAGCUGCGCAGCGGCGACGUGAGGGUGGCGAGACGCGGGCCCUGCGGCCGGUGUGUGCCGGCGUGCCGGCUGGGCGCCGUGUGCCAGGAGGGCCCGUCGGGCCCGCGCUGCAUCUGCGCCCGCACCUGCACGCCCGUGCCGGCGCCCGUGUGCGGCACGGAUGGCAACACGUACGGCAGCGAGUGCGAGCUGCGCGUGCGGGCGUGCGAGCAGCAGGCCGACGUCUCCGUGGCCAGCGCCGGCGCUUGCAAGCCCUGCGGCGCCGCGGGCGAGGUGUGCAAGCUGGGCCGGGUGUGCGUGAACGGGGCGUGCGCGUGCCCUGAGUGCGGCCCCCAGGGCUACUCCCCGGUGUGCGGCAGUGACGGCAUCUCCUACGGCAACCCCUGCGAGUUGCGCGCCGUCACCUGCGCCACCGCCGUCUCCGUCUCCAUCGUCAAAUACGGGCCCUGCGACGACGAGUUGUGCGCCAUGUCGGGCUCGGGCGACGGCUCCGGCGACGACUGCCGGGAGGUGCGGUGCCAGAAGUUCGGUGGGCAGUGGAGCAGCGACGACGAGGACGGCGUCUGCGUCUGCUCCCUCUUCUGUGGCCUCGUGCCCGACCGGCCGCUGUGCGGCUCCAACGGGCAAACGUACCGCAACGACUGCGAGAGGAAGAAGGCGGCGUGCGAGCUGAUGCGCGACAUCCACGUGGCCAAGAGCGGCCCUUGUGGGAAGCAAGGGCCGAGGCCUUGCAAGGAGACGCUGCACGGAUGCUGCCCAGACAACGUCACUGCCGCCCUGGGCAUUGGUUACGGCGGCUGUCCCGGGAUAUGUGGCUGCAACAGGAUUGGCUCCCUGAGUGCGACCUGCGACCCCGGAAGUGGUCAGUGCGUGUGCCAGCCCGGGGUCGGCGGGGUCAAGUGUGACCGCUGUCUCCCCGGAUUCUGGAAUUUCCGGGGGAUGGUGUCGGAGCAGCAUGCCGGAUGCACGCCGUGCGGCUGCAGUGCGGCCGGCUCGGUGGAGGAUGCUUGCCAUCAGACCACGGGGCAGUGCUCGUGCCGGGAUGGAGUCUUCGGCGUCAAGUGCGACAUGUGCCCCAAGGGAUGGACACUAGGGCCCUCCGGCUGCUCGCAAGACGCGGCGCCGUGGUCGUGCAGCGGCGUGACGUGCCGCUACGGCGCCGUCUGCGUCGACGGGGGACGGACGCCGACGUGCCAAUGUCCCACCGACUGCAACCUCCUCCUCACCGCGCGCCAGGUGUGCGGAUCGGACGCGGUGACCUACGCCAACCGGUGUCAGCUGCGCCUGAUCGCGUGCCGGCUCGGCAAGGACGUCUCGGUUGAGCACGACGGGCCGUGUGCCGUGCCGCCCCCUCCGUUCAAGAUCAAGCUGUCCUCGCUGCAGCCCAUCAUGCCCCGCGCGAGACCACCAACGGUGGCAGUCCCUCCGCCCAAGGGCCUCCUCGAGAACCUGCCGUGGUUUCCACCGAAACCCGCACCGGCGGUGACGCCGCCGGCGAGACCCCCGCCGGUCCCGCCACCCGCCGCGGUGAAACCGCCCGGGGUGGUGCCACGAAAGGGGACCGUCGAGGCGACGACGAGGAAAACUGUGGCUACGCCGACGGCGAAGGCGGUGGUGACGAAGGCAAAACUGACGACGACCACGGAGGACUGGUUUAUUGACCCGUGGCAGGUGGAGGCCGGUUCGGGGGUCAUGGGCAUUCCGUUGCCACUGCCGCCCUUCGCUGGCCUCACUGACGAGGAGCAGAGCGGAGACGGCUCAGACAACGAGGGCAGCGGCGACUUUCACGGCAUGCAGGCAGAAGAGCAGAUAGCCCCUGAGCUUAAGUUCAGCUGUGAGAACACCAAACAUGGCUGCUGCCUGGAUGGAAGGACCCCGGCCGUCUACGCCAACAAAAUCGGCUGCCCGCCCACGCGAGUCUUCGCUGCGGUGUUGGUCCUGGACACUCCGCUCGUCGCCAAAAUGCCGGCCUUCACGCAGGAGACGAGCGAGCAGUUCGCCGAGCUGCGCGCCUCCGUCGAGACCGCCCUGUACAACCUUUUAGCAUCAUCCGAUGUCAAGGACGACUUCAAGACCAUGCAGUUGAAGCUCAUGGAAGACAGCCACAUCACUUUGGAGAUGCACUUUGACCCUCAAACUCGGUUCUCCCCACGGGACAUCGAGAGAGCGCUCGUCAAGCAGCUGAUAUCGUCGAAGAAAAGGCCGAUCAACGUGAAGCGGCCUGAGGAAAAAAACAUCAAGAUUGUGGAUUACGGCAGCCACAGGGACAGCUCUAAGAGCGUCACGGCGAAAGCUGCCCAGGUGCCCUGCGACCAGAACCCCUGCCUCCAUGGUGGCAGUUGCGUGCGCAUGAAGAAGGAUUUCUUCUGUUGCUGCCCGCUGGGGCGAUGGGGGAAGGUGUGCGAGAAGGAGAUCAGCUACUUCGACCCGUCGUUCAUUGGCAUGUCGUACUUGGUGCUUGGCCUGGGCAGCAUACGUCUGUCCCACGAGACGCACCUCAGGCUGGGCUUCACUGCUUUCCAAGGAAACGGCCUGCUCCUCUACGCAGGACAAGCGUCCGGGCGAGAUUUCAUCUCGCUCGCGCUCGUCGAUGACCACGUCGAGUUCCGGUUCAAUGCAGGCUCGGGGUCGGCAGUGCUGAUGAGCCGGCAGGAGGUGUUAUCCGGCCAAUGGCACCAGGUGUGGGUGGAGCGGACGCAUCGGAACGCGUUGCUGUCGGUGGACAACGAGCCGCCGGUGAUAGGCAAGAGCCCCGGCUCGCUGGACACCCUCAAUCUCGACUCCACCUUCUACCUGGGAGGGGUGCCCCGCGACCUCAGGCCCAGGAUCGUCGAUCAGACAACCGCUACGCGGAGCUUUAUCGGCUGCAUCAACCACCUGAGCCUCAACGACUUCAAGUUCUCGCUGGCGUGGCCGCCGGGCCGCUUGCCGGCCAAGGGCCUCACAAGCCCCGGCGUCCUGUACGGCACCUGCGUCGCGGGGUGCAGAUCCGACCCGUGCGUCCCGAACCCCUGCAGCAACUUUGGCAUGUGCGAGUUGCACGAGUACGAGCCCUUCCAAUGCAUCUGCGAACCGGGCUACACCGGAGCCACGUGCACUGGCCGGCUGCAGCCGUGCAAGCCCAACCCCUGCAAGGGGGACUCCAAGUGCCUCGUGCUGCCUGAUGACAGCUACAAGUGCGAGUGCCCGUUCAACCGCGUGGGUGCCAACUGCGAGAAAAAGAUGAUCCUGAGUGGACCCUCGUUCAUCCCUUACUUCAACGGCCUCACGUCAUACAUUGAGACAAAGAGCCUGGACCUGCUCGCGCCCAACGCCAAAAACCACAUCACAGUGGAGGUCGUGUUCCUGAUGGAGAAGUCCGACGGGAUGAUUUUCUACAACGGGCAGAAGUCAGACGGCCGAGGGGAUUUCAUCUCCUUGGCGAUAACCAAGGGGUCUUUGGAGUUCCGCUAUGACCUGGGCAAGGGUGCUGCAAUCAUAAGGUCCACGAAGCCCUUGGUGCUGAACCUCUGGCACACGGUGACGGUGUCGCGGACUGGGCGGAAGGGCUUCAUGAAGAUCAACAGUGACUCCAAGGUCCUGGGGGAGGCUCCCAAAUCGCGAAAGGGGAACCAUCUGAGCCUGGACCUGCGGGGGGCGCUUUUCCUGGGCGGCGUUCCGGACUACACCCGCACCGCGCGAGCCGCCGCCAUCACCUCCGGCCUGGACGGGGCCAUCCAGAAGUUCUCGGUGAGCGGUUUUAACGUGCUGUUGGACGUGGUGAGCUCGCGCUUCUUGCUGGAUGUCACCACGUUCAGGGAACACCCGUGCACCUCCGGCCAUAAAUAUUGCCAGAACGGAGGGACGUGUGUGCCCGACCGCUUCCGCUACGACUGCAGCUGCCCCCGCGGCUUCUCCGGCAGGAGAUGCGAGACAGCCCCCACCGAUCGCGCUGCAGUAGCUUUGGACGAGGCCGUGGCUUUCAAUGGGAAAACCUUCAUCGAAUAUCAAAGCACCAACGCCAAAAGCCACGCGAUGAACGAGGUCCCCGAUCUCGAUUUCACGGACUAUGCAGCAGACCAGAGUGACAAGGCCCAGAAAUCAAACUACUUCGAGAUGAGCGUGCGUACGGACGCGACGCAAGGCCUCAUCCUGUGGGUGGGGAAGGGGACGGAGCGCGCCGACUAUCUGGCCAUCGCCAUCGUCAAUGGCUACAUCCAGAUGACCUACGACCUGGGCUCGCGAUCCGUGACCCUCACCUCCACCGUCAUGGUGAACACCAGCAGAUGGGUGCGGAUCAAGGCCGUCAGGGACAAGCGUGAGGGCUCCCUGCAGGUGGACAACGAGGCGGCGGUGAUGGCCACGUCGCCGUUCAAAGCCACGCUGCUCGACACGGACGGCACCUUUUGGCUGGGCGGCAUGAGGAAGCCUCCCCAGAACCUGCGUCUGCCCAAGGCCUACAGCACAGGCUUCGUGGGCUGCAUCCGCGACAUGGUGGUCGACCUCAAGGAGCUGCACAUCGAGGCGGACGCCGUCAACAAGCCCAAGAUCUCGCACUGCACGGGGAAGUGAGCAACCGCCGUCCACGGACUGCCACCUCCGCCGCUACCACCGCCAUUGCCACCGCGGUCACCAGGGCGCCGCGCCGUUCCUCGGCGCCUCGACCUCACGAAGCUUCGUCCCCCGCCGUUGAUUCCGAUGCGACUCUCGCUCGAACCGAUGCCGAGCUUGACGCGACGGUUUUGACGGGCAAGGGAGAGGACGGGGGAGGCGGCGCGGCCGUGAAAGAGCUUGCGCUUUUGUCGUGCGUUCGUUUGAAAGCAUCGUCACGUCGCGUCGGAGCGGCCACCGAGGCGAUUCGCGCAGCCCUGCGGUUGUUGUGGCCCGUUUGCAGGGCGGCUUUUUCUUGGGGUUCACCAACACGUGAGCCGUGGUUUUUUGCGACGCGCCGUGACUUCCGCUGUCGGUUAAUGUUUUCUUCGUGGGGAAAUAGGAGGGAGGACACUACAGAUGUAUGUGCAGCUUUAAGGGAGCCUCUUGGCUUCAAGGCUUGCGGCAAAGUUACCGCUUGAACCGAAACGAGUGAAUAUAUGGUAUUUUAUUAAAUGCGUCUGCAAGGUUUGGUCAUGUUCAGACAGGUUAUUAUAUUAAUAAAUAAAAAAUAUAAUGACUCAUAAUUACAGUAUUGUGUAAUCGGCAAUUGAUAUAAGUGUUAUCAAAGUUUUAAUGUUUAACAUCGUAGUCGACAUUUAUUUUUAUCAUCAUUGUGAUGAAAAAAAUUCCACUGCGUAAAGUCACCGAUCUUUUCCAAAGGCUAUCGUACCAUUUUGUGACGUUUAGAAAUGUAAUUUGGCACUUUAAAGAGAAAACAUUGGUUUAAAAUAACUGUCCAACUUUAACUUGUGCAGGUCGCCUCGGAAUGUUGUGCUUUAUUUGCACUUGAAAUACUAAAUGUCUUCAAAUUCGUUUUUCGUUGUGGAAUAAUGUGGUGACUUAAUUUUAUUCAUUCUUUUUUUUACAUUAUCCAUCGUCAACCUCUUACUUAGAUUGCUUUAAAAGUGGUCCUGAGAUGCGGUCGCAUUUUGACGCCAGGCCAAUCCAAAUUUUAUUGCAAAUUGUAUUGUAUAGUAUCAGUGAUGGUGGCGCUAUUUCCUUUGGGCAGCUUCACUUUGGAGGCCUAUCGUUCACAUUUGAGAGAAGAAUCGGUGCUGCUCAUAUCGACUAAAGGUCUCAUGGCGCGAGGUCCUUUACCUCAACUAAACUAUAAACUAAAACUGUUUUUUUAUUUUAUCAGGUAAGGCCCACUGAGCUAUAUAGCUGUUUUUCAGAAGCGACCUGGCUACGUGGAAAAUUAUAUCAGCCAAAUACUCGAAACGCAUGUAUCUUGAAUGUGGAGGGAAAAACCGGAGAACGCGGAGAAAAAUCCACAUGACCACGGGGAGAACAUGCAAACUCCAAAUAUAAAGGCAUCAUGGUCAAGAUCGAAUCUACGAUCUCCUGUAUGCCAGGCAAGGAAGUUAACAUCUCGCCACCGCAGUGCCCAUUGAUCAGUCCAAUAGCAGCUAAACCAUCACCGCUUGAGUUAUCCACAUUCUCUGUUCUCCAAGUAUAGUGCUCUGUUUUCCUCGGCCAAAUAGGCCGCUGCCGUGUGUCUUCGAUGUAUGUUUGGCCACUUACAUUUGGCAGGACUUGCUGGACCUCCGUUCAUGAUCCUCUGUGGCCGCAGGUGGAAAUGCAUCAAACCUAAAUUGCAGUAAGAUGUUCUUUGUGACUUGGAACCCAGGAAGGGGAGGAUACUAGUGCUUUGAGAGAGACAUUUAAGAGAGACGUGACCUGACGAAUUUGCCGGGUGACAUUAAACGCUACCAAAACAUUGGGAGAUUUGUGGAAACUGAUAAAUGCUGGAAAAAGAAAAUGACUGGGCCAAACUCACUGUGCUUAUUCUGUUACACGCGCUUUGUUACCCAUAAACCGCUCGGCGGGUGUGUUUGUCACUUAAACAUUCACUGCCUUUGUGGGUGAAACAAACCUUCAUGGAUACCAAACUUGGAUGCAACGAAAAAUCACAAUACAUCCUCUAUUAUAAACCUUUAAAUCGAAAAGCGAAAGUAUUCAAGAAUAUUUAAGUAUUGUUGUGGAUUUGCUCUCCAACACACCAGUGUGCUGCACUAGAAACGAAUUGGCAUGUUCUGUUUACAUGACAAAUCUUACUAAUUGGCUGUGUCGGGUGGUGGCGGGUUUAACGACACAUAUUUUACAUGAUCUAACCCCAAAAAAACUAUUAUUGAUUAUAUUGGUCGCGAAAGCCCACAACGUGUUAAACUAGCUUGUACAAAUUCUUUGGGUCUUUCGGUAAAGUCACGUAGAUAGGUUCGUUGUUUUUUUGUUAUUUUCUUUGAACCUAUCUACGUGACUUUACCGAAAGACCCAAAUAAUAUAAAUUCCUGCAGUCACGAAAGCUUUAAGUCAAGAUUUAGCUUGUACAAGUGAAAAUUCAAAGAACGCCCGGCAUACAAUUGCGGAAACACCGCCUAAGACCGUCGACCACACGUUAAACCAACGUGACAUUCAGCGGAGGCAUUCAAGCAAUCUUAAGCCAUUUCCGAACUAAUCUGGGCAGUGCAGCAAGCGGGUUCCUGACAGCAUAGUUUAAGCGUCUCCGUGUGUAGCUUUUUUUACCCAUGAACACGAAUUUCCUCCCGAGUGCGAAAAAAAAGCCAACGUCAAAUAGACCCGGCAAUAAUAUUUCCAGACAAUAAUCUUUGAGGCUCAUUCCUGUGUAAGAUGAGAAAAAAAAUCGUUCGAUUAUAGUACGCAUCAACAUCGUGCCGGCAGAUUGUUUAAUCUCGCCCAUACUUUGUUCAGACACAAAGAUGCGUCACGCAACAUUUAUUUUUAUUCCCUCCUUGCCCUGCUCAAACUCCCUCCCAUCAUCUCAUUUCCGAAUUUUGUAUAGCCUUGCUCGUUGCAACAAACGUGCUUCAUUCUUAUCUGUAUGAUUAUCCUUCUGAGUUUUAGUUGCCUUGUCUGUUGCCGUGUUGUCAGGACUUUGGGUCUGUGCUCAGCCAACUGCGAAGGAGAGCAAGUCAAAAUAACGAGCGGUGUGUUGUAGACACGCAUAGGCUGCGUAUCUUGAGCCGUCCGACGUGAGUUGCAACUAGAAAAGGGUGCAUCGUUGUUUUUCGUGAAAAGCGAACAAUGAAAAUUAUUUCCAUGUUAUAUUGAAUGUGGUUUAAUUUUGAUUGAGUAUAAAUGCCAUUUUUCAUGCUUGCAUUACAGUAUAUUUAUUUUUUUAACUUUUUGUAUAUGAUUUUUUUAAUUGAUGCUUUAAAUUAACUUUAAAUGGACCAGAGAACUCACCUUUGGGGGGGGGGGGGCUUUGGCCAGCCUAAAGAAUGCCCUUCAAAGUUCACAGGUCAAGAAUAUAGACGCUGGUGUGCGGGUAUAACAAGAUACUUUUUUUUAAAAGAAAUACAUCUACGUAUUCAUUUAUGUACGCAGAUAUAAAUAUUACAUUAACGUCAUAGGUCAACACCCGCACUGUAUCUGUGGUGUGAAAGGUGUGCGUUUGCCACCAAUGGAUUGGUAGAGUGCCCUGUCUAAUGAGUAACGACGUGGUACAGAAUGGUUCGCAGAGGCGGUUUGAAUACGGAGAAGUUGCUCCCUGUGAUGGGCAAAGUGGCAUGGACUGUUCGGACUGUUGAGACCUUGUUUUAAAACAACUACAACAAAAACGAAUUAAAUUAAUGCGACUCGUUGCAAGCGUUCGUAUACCAAUUUAGCUUGCAUGGAGCACGUUGACAGGUCAGACUGCAGGUCUAUGUGACCAGCAGUCAGAGUAAACGCCACGAAUGUUGGUGUAGGAGAUUGGAAUUUUUUGGCCCAAGUAACAAGCAUCAUUUUGUAGGCGACACUUUUUUUGUUGGGAUGGGUGCCGACGGUGCUGUCUUGCACCGCUGUAAACCAGCAACUUGAAUCCGAGGUUCGUGGGAUCGCACAAAAAUUGGAACCGUGACUCUAGUGGGAUGCUAACCCGCAGGGAAGAAAAGACACGGGUGGUAACAGCAAGUAGGUUGCCAGCAGGCUACUUUUGUCGAGUAGAGUUAAAAUGAUCUUCCCAGUGGCUCUAAAAUUUCUGCGCACGCGCGAGAACUCGGAAAAAGGAAUUGGUUAAACUUGACUUUUAAAAAUAGACUUCAAGCUUACUGAGUGAAUAAUGGAUCACCCAUCGUGGAAAAUGCGAUACACGCGGAUUAUAAAAUCAUUAACUUUACCGAUGCCAGUGUGUAAGAAUUAAUUUAAUACACGGCGAUGAUAGUUUUGUUGGUGUUCGUUUGUUGUUGUCAUUUGAGGACACGGUGCGACAUUUAGGCUUGAAUUAGUAACUAACCCUUAGGAGUGGGGGUUCUUUCCGCUUGGUGAAAUUGUGUACAAACCUUCUCCGUGCAUGAUUAAUGAAUGUGUAAAUGUUCCGCUGUACGAGCGAGCCCAUUGGGCCAUUGGGCUCGCUGUGUGCGCGUGUAUGUGGAGGAGGCAUUCGUGAAUACAGAAGGACCUUUCCAUAACAUAUAGGCCCUCUAUUGUG